AUGUCUAUGGUUUUCAAAUCAAGAGUCCCAUUGACUUUGAACAGAGCUUUAUUGAAUUCUGCUAGAUUCUCUCAAAAGAGAUCUUUCUCUUCAUCUUUCAAAUUAUUGAAUGCUGCCAAUACUACUCCAAAACCAAAGAAAUCUUUAAUCAAGACUGUUUCUAAAUGGUUGGUUGGUUCUUUCUUAUUUGCUACUAUCGGUGGUACAGGUUACGUCACAUACUCUUUAUGGAGAGAAGCUAAUCCUGCUCCACAACAACCACAAUCUCCUGCUUUUCCUAAUGGCUCUCCAAGAAAGACCUUGGUUAUCUUAGGUUCUGGUUGGGGUUCUAUCACUUUAUUGAAACAUUUGGAUACCUCUAAGUACAAUGUUAUUGUUGUCUCUCCAAGAAACUACUUCUUGUACACCCCAUUGUUGCCAUCUGCCCCAGUCGGUACUGUUGAGUUGAAAUCUAUUGUUGAACCUGUUAGAGCUGUUGCUAGAAGAACCAAAGGUGAAGUCAGAUACUACCAAGGUGAAGCUAUUGAUGUCGAUGUCGAAAACAAAACCGUCAAAGUUAAAUCCUCUGAUCACGUCGAUGAACCUCUAAUUGAAGAUUUGAAAUAUGAUUACUUAGUCGUCGGUGUUGGUGCUCAACCAAACACGUUUGGUACCCCAGGUGUUUACGAACAUGCUUCCUUUUUGAAAGAAAUCUCUGAUGCUCAGGAAAUUAGAGGUAAGAUUAUGAACUCUGUUGCUAAAGCUGCUAUUUUACCACCAAAUGAUCCAGAAAGACAAAAAUUGUUGAACUUCAUUGUUGUCGGUGGUGGUCCAACUGGUGUUGAAUUUGCUGCUGAAUUGAAGGAUUACAUUGACCAAGAUUUAAGCAAAUGGAUGCCUCAAAUUAGUAAGGAAAUUAAGGUUAUUUUGGUCGAAGCUACUCCAAACAUUUUAGGUAGUUUCGAACCAUCUUUGAUUCAAUAUGCCAAGGACUUAUUCAAGAGAGAAAGAAUUCAUUUGAAGUUGAAGACUGCUGUUAAGGGUGUUGAUGAUGAUUAUGUCACAACCAAAUGUGGUGAUGACGUCGAAAAGAUUCCUUACGGUGUUUUAGUCUGGGCUACUGGUAACGCUCCAAGAGAAGUUUCUAAAAAAUUGAUGGAAAAAUUAGAUGAACAAGACUCUAGACGUGGUUUGUUAAUUAACGAAAAAUUACAAUUGUUAGGUGGUAACGAUUCUAUCUUUGCUGUCGGUGACUGUACUUUCCAUCCAGGUUUAUUCCCAACUGCCCAAGUUGCCCAUCAAGAAUCUCUUUACUUGGGUGAAGUAUUCAACAAGUUAUAUAAGAUCGAUCAAUUGAAAUGGGAAGCUUCUCAAACCAAAGAUACCAGCUCUAAACAAAAGUUAGAAUCUAGAGCACAAGUAUUGGCUGCUAAGAUUGGUAAUUUCAAAUACAACCACAUGGGUGCUCUAGCCUACAUUGGUUCUGAAAAAGCCGUUGCUGAUUUAGCUAUUGGUGAAUCCAAAUACAGUAUGUCUGGUUCAUUUACUUUCUUGUUCUGGAAAUACGCUUACUUGUCCAUGUGUCUAUCUUUCAGAAACAAGGUCUUGGUCGCCAUGGAUUGGAUCAAGGUUUCUAUCUUGGGUAGAAACUCCUCAGUUUAA